UUCCGGGUCGUUGGCACCUCUCUGCGGCUUCUGCGGCGGCGAAGAGGUGGUCGGGAAGUGAGUGCUUCCUGCUGGGCUGCCGGCCGCUCCGCUUCAGUCCGCUCCGCGGCGGGAAGCGCCUUCCCCGCAGGCACUCUAUAAAUAGCAAAUGCUAAGGAAAAAAGAAAAUGCAGCGAAGGCAUAUAAGUGUUAAGCUGAAGAUUGUCCGGAUCAGUGACUUGACAGUAAGGAGAAUGGAAUGGACAUCAAUGCAAGCUUGAAUAAGAAAAGUUUCUUCCUCCUAAGCCAUGGCAUAUCAGUUAUACAGAAAUACCACUUUGGGAAACAGUCUCCAGGAGAGCCUUGAUGAGCUCAUACAGUCUCAACAGAUCACCCCCCAACUUGCUCUCCAAGUUCUUCUUCAGUUUGAUAAAGCUAUAAAUUCAGCAUUGGCGCAGAGGGUCAGGAACAGAGUCAAUUUCAGGGGCUCUCUAAAUACGUACAGAUUCUGCGAUAAUGUGUGGACUUUUGUAUUGAAUGAUGUUGAAUUCAGAGAGGUGACAGAACUUAUUAAAGUGGACAAAGUGAAAAUUGUAGCCUGUGAUGGUAAAAAUACUGGCUCCAAUACUACAGAAUGAAUGGGAAAAAAUGGCUUUUUAUGCCAUCUGCUGAUCUUAUUCAUCGCUUUUUUGAGAAGCAUAGAAGAGACUUUUCUUAUUUAUUCUAGCAUCGCAGAAAUGACUCCACUGUGCUGUACUAUCAGAAUUCCAAUAGAAAGAAGCUUACGACUAUAGCCUCUUACCUUUUCAGCAUGAAGAAACAAGUUUUUUUUUAAUAACAAACACUGUUGCCUUCCUAAAAACACUCUUUAAUAAACUCAUUUUAAAACUC